AUGUCACCCCACAUCACUUCACCCUCUACCCCAUCACUUCACCCCUUCUCUUCACUUCAACCCCUCCCAUCAAUUCACCCCCUCUCGUCAAUUCAACCCCUCCCAUCAAUUCACCCCCUCUCGUCAAUUCAACCCCUCCCAUCAAUUCACCCCCGCUCGUCACUUCAACCCCUCCCAUCAAUUCACCCCCUCUCGUCACUUCAACCCCUCCCAUCAAUUCACCCCCUCUCGUCACUUCAACCCCUCCCAUCAAUUCACCCCCUCUCGUCAAUUCAACCCCUCCCAUCAAUUCACCCCUCUCGUCACUUCAACCCCUCCCAUCAAUUCACCCCCUCUCGUCACUUCAACCCCUCCCAUCAAUUCACCCCCUCUCGUCACUUCAUCACCUCCCAUCAAUUCACCCCUCUCGUCACUUCAACCCCUCCCAUCAAUUCACCCCCUCUCGUCACUUCAACCCCUCCCAUCAAUUCACCCCCUCUCGUCACUUCAACCCCUCCCAUCAAUUCACCCCCUCUCGUCAAUUCAACCCCUCCCAUCAAUUCACCCCCUCUCGUCACUUCAACCCCUCCCAUCAAUUCACCCCCUCUCGUCACUUCAACCCCUCCCAUCAAUUCACCCCCUCUCGUCACUUCAACCCCUCCCAUCAAUUCACCCCCUCUCGUCAAUUCAACCCCUCCCAUCAAUUCACCCCCUCUCGUCAAUUCAACCCCUCCCAUCAAUUCACCCCCUCUCGUCAAUUCAACCCCUCCCAUCAAUUCACCCCCUCUCGUCACUUCAACCCCUCCCAUCAAUUCACCCCCUCUCGUCAAUUCAACCCCUCCCAUCAAUUCACCCCCUCUCGUCAAUUCAACCCCUCUCGUCACUUCAACCCCUCCCAUCAAUUCACCCCCUCUCGUCACUUCAGUCCAUCCCAUCAAUUCACCCCCUCUCGUCACUUCAACCCCUCCCAUCAAUUAA